ACGUCAUUGUGUUGUAGCAUUGACUAGAUCUACUUCCGGCAUUUUCAUCUACAGUGCAUGGAACUUACAAUAUCAAAUGGAUAAAAUACUAAGACUAUUGCUUGUGAAUUUCUUAAGUUUUCUAAUCGACACAGAGACCAAAACUUGUGAUGUCGACCGCGGACCGAAAACUGACAAGAAGGUCCAGUGUAAUUUCGGCUGUUGUGGUGAGGUCGGCGACAGACACUGUUGUCCCAGUUACUGGAACCCUGGGGUUAAAGGACUCUUGGUGUUCAUCACUGUUGGAAUCGUCGUAUCGCUACUGGUCUGGCAUUUUAAAAAACAAAAAUCUCCGGCACAGCCGCCACAGCAACCCAUUUUCAACCCUCCAGUGGUGCCAUCCCAGAACGUACAAACCCAGGUGACGCCCGGUGACGCCCCGUUCCGACGCAGGCGCACUUCCGUCGGAGAGAAAUACUUCGGUCGUACGUUCAACGGGAACAUUGGCACUUAACACGGCGAUUGGCGACGUGUUCUAAGACUACACAGACACUUACACAUUCAUAUCACAUUUAACACACACCUCGCUAAAACUACACAUUUAACACACACCUCGCUAUAACUACAAACACCACACAUUUAACACACACUUCGCUAAAACUACACAUUUAACACACACUUCGCUAAAACUUCACAUUUAACACAUUCUCGCUAAAACUACACAGACACUAACACAACACAUACAAUCAGAUUACACAUUUAACACACACUGCUACCACACAGUACAUCUAAAUUAUUCACUCACCUGCACGAUUACACAUAUAAGGUUUAUUUUUAUACACGACGGAUAAGAAGUCUACAAUGACAGCAUAAGAAAGGAUUGAGUUUUUUUAAAUUUCAAAUAAGUUACUCUGUACAGGACAUUACUGAUAACACAUGGCAGAACAUUUCUGAUAACAUGCAGCAAAACGUUACUGAUAACAGUUCUAAGAAUUGUCACACAAACUACAGGCCGAGUGGAUGAUUUGAAGAUGAUAUAAAAACAGUUGGAAAAUGUAAUAGAAUGAAAACGUCAGCCUUAUCCAGGUCAAGACGUCGCAUACAUUUCCCACGCGAUGUGUUCACAACAGGACAGAUGCAAAGUCAUUUGUAAAACUCCAUCACCAGAUAUACUUUGUAAUGAACAAUUGGUUGCAGUUCGAUGAGAUAUUUUGAUAACCCAUUCUAUCAAUUUAGCUGACAAUCAACUAGAAAGAAAUGUUUUCAUAUGUGACAUGGUCACUUUUGGAGUAAUGUUCAUCAAAGCUGCUGUUUCUCUGGGUAGAAUAGUCGUAUUUUUCAUAGCAAUCCACAAAAUUUCUGGAAUAGCAUACAAGAAAGCAUAUAUAUAUAUAUAUAUAUAUAUAUAUAUA